AUGACUUUGAGUAUUCUUCCACAAUUUAAUUUCAAACCUCCCAUAUGUGCAGUGAAUGCCCCAACAUAUACGAGAGCGACAAAUCCAGAAAUGCUGCUAGAAGGAUUUUAUCUCAGUGAAAGAUUUCAAUUAAAACAUAAGAUAGGUGCUGGCACUUAUGGAUUAAUAUACCUCGUUGAAGAUUUGAUGACCGGGCAACAAUUUGCAGCAAAAAUGAUUUUGACUGAAACACCAUCUAAGGUAUCAGGAUCAUCCGUCGAAGAAAACAAAAGGAAAAUUAAGAAAGUGCUAUUUGAUUAUUUCAAUUCUAAACAGAGAGUAAAUUCGAAUGAAUUAAAUUUGGACUAUAUACGGAAUGAGGGCCAUAUGUGUUCGUUUUUAAGAGAAAUUGCGUUGCAUUUAAGAGUACAUCAACAUCCCAGCAUCAUCACAAUACAUAAAGUGAUAAGUUUAGAUAACAUAGCAGUAGCAAUAAUAAUGGAUUACUAUGAACAGGGUGACUUGUUUGAUAACAUAGUGGAAAAACGAAUAUUUACGUAUCCUCCUUACUAUCAAGAUAAGCAAACGCUAAUGAAAAAUGUCAUGUUGCAGUUGAUAGACGCCGUCAAAUUCUGCAAAAGUCAAGGUAUAUACCAUUGUGACUUAAAACCAGAAAACAUCAUGAUUAGAUACCAAAGCGAUUUUAGAAGAACGAGCAAGAGAAUCAUUAACUAUAAUGAAAUUCAAGUCGUCUUAAUAGAUUUUGGUUUAGCCAUGGAUUCAGGUAUAAUAUGUUGCAACACUCGCCGCGGCUCCAGCUUUUACAUGGCUCCGGAAAGAGUCACCAAUUAUGCUACUAGUAGCUUUAUUAAGGCAAGAGUGGACUUGGAUCAAUACAAAUCAAUAAUAUGUGAUAAUCCGUCCAGUGCCAAAUAUUUCCCUACCUUAGCCGGCGACAUAUGGUCAUUGGGUGUGUUAUUUUUAAACAUCACUUGCGCCAAAAACCCUUGGCCUUGCGCUUCAAUAGAGAACAAUAAUGGUAGUAACGUUUUCCAGUCUUAUUUAGAUGACGAAAAAGUGCUCAGCUCUAUUUUUACCAUAUCAACCAACUUUAAUUCCAUACUUGCCCGAAUAUUCAAGCUAAACCCGAAUGAUAGAAUAUCACUCGAAGCCCUAGCUUACGAAAUAGCACGCUGCAAUCUUUUUAAUAAUGUGUCAGCCAACCAGCUACCUACUCCAGUAGAUAGCGAGGGAGACGAUGACGAUAUAAUUUAG